CACCAACCAUCCUCACUGAUGUAUCUCCAGUGUCAAAGGUGAUGGAGGAGGAAAUCUUUGGACCUGUCCUCCCCAUUGUCACCAUGAAGAGUGUAGAUGAAGCCAUUGAGUUCAUCAACCAUCGGGAGAAGCCCCUUGCCCUGUAUGUCUUCUCCAACAACAAGCAGCUGAUCCAACGGGUGAUAUCAGAGACCUCCAGUGGUGGCAUGACAGCCAAUGAUGUCAUCAUGCACUCUGUGGUCCCAGCUCUGCCCUUCGGGGGUGUGGGUCACAGUGGGAUGGGAGCCUACCAUGGUCAAUACAGCUUUGAGACCUUCUCCCACCACCGUGCCUGCUUGGUCAGGGACCUGAAGAUGGAGGUUGUGAACAACCUCCGGUACCCACCUGAGACCCAGAAGAAGUUGUUACUGAGCCUGUUAGCUAUGCAAUGCUUCGCCUGA